AGCAUUUUCCUCUCAUUUUCGCUCGGCUCGCUUGAAGCGUCAGGCGUCGGAAAUGAAGUCCUCUCUGGUAUUGGCCAUUCUCGCUGGAAGUUUGAUGAACUUUGCAAUCGCCGAUUCAGAGCAAUCGACUAAUUCAACAGAACAGCAACCUGAGCAACCCGGCAACUGCGAGAGGGUCAUCCCUUUACCUCCGUGGGCGAAAUCAUACCGUGGAAGGUGUUGGUACAUCUGCAAAGGAUGGCCCACGCGCAUUGAAUUUGAACCUGAAGGUAUUUCUUGCGGGCUGAUCACCGUCAACAACACCAAAAGAGUCUGCAAGCGAGGCAACUGCGUAAAAGAAGAAUCUGUCAGUGCCCAACCACAGCAAAAGCGACUCAUCCCAACCCAAGUUUCGGCCCCUAAACAAGAGUCCGGGACUGGAAAUCUGCUGGGAGCCUCCGAUAAGCAGGCUUCCGAAAACUCGGCUUCUACAAAACAGAAGCCAACCAGCUCGUUAGGUGGUCUGCUAUCGAAAAAGCAUUAGCUACUGAUACAUUCACAAAGCAGCAGAACCGUAUAAUGGUGUGCUAAAUAUUUCGAGGUGGAAGAUUACUCUUAAAGCGUAUGUGCGCAAAAAGAAAAAAAAAGGUCAAAUUAUUUCCUCGGUGCUUAAAAACAAUCUCUGAGAAUCAGUCACCGGUUGUUGUUUCGUGACAGUUGUGACCAGUUUCUUGACACAAAAUAAGUUUGAAUAGAGAGCUGACUUCCAGGUCACUGAUAUUUUAUUGUAAAAGGCUAGGUGCUAUCUGAACUCAAAAGCAUAGAUGCCGUCUACGAUAGAAAAGAAGCCCCCUAUAACAAUUCAUAAAGGAUGUUUCGCAAUUUUUAUGUAAAAAGGACGUGAUUAUUUCGGUUACCCUAUGCAAUUAGUCAUUUUCACAGUGAAGAGGACUCUCAAAAUAUGAAGCGCCACAUUUUCGAAUGAAUUCCCUUGAAACUGACUUUACUACAGAGGUUGUAAGUACUUUAGGAUAUCGUUUUGCUAUAUUUAAAUGGACUGUAAAAGUUCUCUCACCCAUUUUAAAGUCUUUAAACAUAAAACAGUUCACGAAGAAAAGAAAUCCAAUAGAUAUCAGAGUUCGUUAAUUAAGCACUCUCUGCAAGUGGCCCAAAGCUGAAGAGAAGGAGUUGUUACGACGUUGAACCAUAUGAUUAAAGUGCAUGAUAAGCAAGAAAUACUAUUUUGCAAAAGAAAUAUAAAAUAUUCGUCCGUAUGUGCUGAAUUUUUCACACUUACCAGGUAUUUAUCAAGCUAAUUUCAGAACAUACCGUCUGCAAAAUGUCAUAAUUUCAUUUGCGGCCAUUAUGCAUUCAUGAUGUGUAACUGAAGAUUAUGACCAUAGUUAUCGUCCAGGCUCGUCAUCGCCGCGGUGAAUACGACGGGCAGACCAACAAACAGGAGCAGCAAAUGCACGUUUGAUAUUUUGGCACAUGUAGCAGUUAAACUGGGCUCAUGAGGCGGCUUAAGCAACUUUGUCUUGUAACAUAGUAACUGUUACGUAGCCUAUUGCUAUAGAGUAAACACGGGAAUAAAUGUUGUAAUGUUCUUCCUUCAUGAAGGCAGUGGGCAACUUACGAAGUGAUAAUUCGUUGCUGAAAACACUUACCCAUCUUCCGUCUCUCAUAUUUAUUAAAACCAGUCUGGUACGAAAGAAAAGCAUAGUUGGUUACAUAGAUAAUAUGCGGUGGAUCGUUCGCCGCAGUUGUGAGUAAUGAACAAGUGGCUUUCAUUAAUGUUUGGUGUUCUUUUCUUACAUUUCUGCUUUACGAAUAACGAAACUGCCUUUUUUGUGAUUAAUGGUGAACAAUUUCACUAUACGAAAAUUACCAAGACGCCCUAUUACCGGCACAUCACUACCAUACAUCCGGGCCGAGUCUUCUUGCCAUGUUGAGUGUAUGUGUGUUUCCUUCUAUUACUUUUUUGAGCAAGUAAUGCUGGUGUGUUCCGCAAACAUGAUUCCUUUGUCCAAUUCCUUUGAAGCGCUGUGUGUAAAAUUGUGCACACCAAGACUGUACAAGCAAAUCAAAAGCGCCAAUAGAAAGGGACAUUUAUAACAUGUGACAUAAAUUUCGAAACACUUGCAUUUUAAACUGGGCAGCAAGUUUAGAUGUUAUAUUUGGAUUGUUUCAAUAAAACGGGUUGAAAGGAG